CUCUUCGAACUAUUAUCGCGCCACUUUACGGACGAACACCAUGACUACAGCACACAGACCUACGUUUGAUCCCGCACAAGGCAAAGAGGCCCUCCGCGGUCCGGCGUACCACCAGCGCCUGUUACCCGCGCACAAGCUCUUGAAGACACGCCAAUUCGGCCAAGGUACCGAAGCGGAAGCCAACCAGCGGGAUCUGCGCGCGGAGCUGCUCCAGGCUGAGGCCGCCCAUUUCGCCAAGAAAAAUGGCACGCCCCUUGACGAGCCUGCGGUUGAGAGCGUGACGCCCAAGCGGCAGUUGGAGGGUGGGUCGCCCGGUGGGGACGCGGAUACGGGAGGAGAGGAGGAUUUAGAUGCGAAACGACGGCGUAUAUUAGAGGAGACGAGGGAUAUAGAUGCCGACUCGGAUGGGUCGGAGGAGGAUAGUAGUGAUGAAGACAGUGAUGACGAGGAGGACGAGGCUGCCGAGCUGAUGCGGGAGCUGGAGAAGAUCAAGAAAGAAAGGCUAGAGCAGAAGGAGAAAGAGGAACGUGAGCGCGCGGCCGAAGAGGAAGAGCAACGAGAAUACGACAUCGCUCGAGGAAACCCCCUGCUGAACCCCCAGGACUUCAACCUCAAGCGACGGUGGGAUGACGAUGUUGUCUUCAAGAACCAGGCUCGGGGCACGGAAGAGAAGAGGGGCAAGGAGUUCGUUAACGAUCUGUUGCGAUCGGACUUUCACAAGCGGUUUAUGAUGGACUCUCAGCCCUCAUCCAAAGCACUCCACAAUCGCAUCAACACAAACAUCUCCCAACUCCUCCAACGCUUCGAAAACAUAAUGGCAACAGCAACAACAGAAAGCACAAGCCACACCUCAACAGCAGUAGAAACCUACCAGCUAGACGUCGAAUCCACCGCACUGGUCCGUGCCGCAGAAGAUAUCCUUGCGUUGACGCGCACGAUGAAAGAGACGUGGCUGUUUGGGAAGUUGGAUACGCUGGGCGAGGAUGAGUCGGAGGUGAGGCGGCGGGAGGCACUAGAAAAGGAUGCCGGGGCGAUUCAGCGGGCGAUUGAGGAGGGGGGGUUGUUGAAGGCUGCUAAGUAGGGUUUGGGUAUACAUGUAUGCAUGGGUGGAGUUUAUGGCGUUAUGGUAGAGGAAAUUGCGUGGGCUGCUGGGUUAUAACUAUUUGCAUGACUGAGAUGAGCUGGUUUG